AUGAAUUUUUUAAUAAAAACUCUUGAUAUUAAUUUGAAGGAAUUCUAUAACGAUAUUUUACAAAAAACUACGGGUUCACAAUUAAUUUAUUCUAUAACGGUAUCACCGGAUUCAAAUAUUAAGAAUGCCACAAAUUCUAAAAUAAUACGAACACAUGAUAAUAUAGAUAAGACUAUAAAGUUAAAUAGUGAUAAGACUGCAAAUUUAACCAAGUCAAUUAAUUUAGCUGAUCGUAACAGAAGAUUAAUACCAUAUAUGACAUUUUAUAUUCCAACUGAUGAUGAAAAUUAUGAUGCCAUUAAUCAACAACAACAAUAUGAUAGUCCACAACAACAAUCAAAUCAUCAUUUACAACAAAGUCAUCAAUUAAAUCACGAUUUAUAUCAACAGUCAGAAACACAAGAACAAGGAAAAAGAAUUAAUGAAAAUGAUAACAUUAAUUCUGAAGGGUUUAUACAAAAUCAACAACAACAUCAACCUACAUAUUUAACAAAUGAACAUCAACCAAAUGAUCCACUAUAUGUACAUCAAAUGCGUAUAUCAAAUAGACCACAUUUAAUUCAUGGUUUUCAACCAUCACCGUCAAAUUUAUAUGAUAAUGUUCGACAACAGGUACCAUUAAAUUUAUUAAAAAAAGGUGUUGUCAAUCAAUCACAACUUCAACAUCAUCAUCAGUUAUUGCAUCAAAAUCAACAACAACAGCAACAAUUAAAACAUGAACAACAAGAAUCAAAUGUUGAGAGUCAUCUACCGCAAAGGGAAAAUUUACCUAAGUACAAUCUUUAUCAUUCGCAUCAUAUAAAUCAUCAGAUUCUUCGACAACAGCAACAACAACACCAACAUUCAAAAUUAGCAGCACCAACAUUAACAAAUCCAAUUUUAUUAAAACAAGAGCAACCGCAAUCAAAUCCAGACAAAUUACAUUCAUCUCCAUUUACGCCUUUUAAUAAAAUUCCAGGACAAUUUACACCUAUUUUAUAUAUAAAUGAACCUGAUGCGAAAAAUGUAAAUUAUCAUAAUAAACUUUUGAUACCUAUAUCAUCGCCAUCACCACAACCAUCUAUUAUAGCAACUACCGCAGCUACAAUAGUUUCAAGCAAUGAAAGUGAUGAUAAUGAAAACAAAAGUGAUAAUAGAAAUAAUAAUAAUGAUGUCCCAGUCAAACAACUUUUGAAUAGUAACCAAAAUGAUGAGAACCCAGAACAAAAUAUUCAGUUUUAUAACUUGAAAACAAUAAAGCCACAACAGCAACAACAACAAAGGUAUAAUUAUCAACAACAAGAAUUACAAAAUUCACAACAUCAAGAACAGCAACAUCAACAUCAAAUUUAUAAAUAUCCUGUAGAACAUGUUCAAAAUUCUGAUGAAGUUAUUGAACAACAGAGAUUAUCACCUUAUCAUUAUCAUAAUCCAAAUCAUCAAAAUAAUAAUCAAAAGCAUCAAACUCAUAAUUAUAAUCAACACAAACAACAACAAAAUACAAAUGAAGAAACAGAUAAUAGACAUAUCAUUGCAUUAGUUCCACUACAAAAGCAGCAUAAUUUAAAUCAUCAACAACAUGAGGAACGACUUCAACAAAAUCAUCAAAAUACGCAUCAACAAAUUCAACACGAACAAGAACAACAUCUCAACCAACAACAACAUUUAAAAUAUGAUCCAAAUGAUAUUAAAAACGUUCAAAAUAUAGUUUCAACAACACAAAGGCCAACUUAUAAACUUGUUACUGAAAUUGCACAAAAAUACAAGUUAAAACAUCCUCAAGCUACACAACAACCGUUACCAACUAGCGUGCCAGAAUCCGAAAUGACGCCACAAGAACGUUAUGUUGCUUAUUUGCAACAACAAUUGCGACUUAAACAUCAGAACCGUUACAAAGAGCAUCAACAACCGAAAGCACAAUCACUGUAUAAAAAUUCUGGAUCACAUCCUAAUGUUCAACAAAUUGAUCCAUAUUUAAUUAGUGUUAUUCCAUCUCCAAAUCCCCCAGAAAAUUAUUUAUAUCCAACUGAAAAGCAAAAGCAACAACAUCAGUACCCAAAUUACAUUUACCCACCAAAAGUUGAAAUUGAAAAUAAUGAUAAUUCUAAAAAAAUUAUUUAUAUGAGACCACAGCAAGUACAACAUGGUUCUCGAUAUUCAACCCAAGCACCACAUCCAGGUAACUAUUUACAAUUACUCGACGUUGAAACAACACAAUAUCAACCUGAUGGACGUCAACCACAAGGAAGCUAUAAAUUAAUUCCAAUAGCACCACAAUUACAGCCGUCAUCGACACCUCAAACUAUUUUCAUUCCUUUGAAACAUGAAGUACCACAGCAUCAGCUUCAACCAGUUCCGCCUGUACAAAAGGAUGCUAAAUUGAAACAAUUCUUUUUUGUAACAACAGCUAAACCAAUUCUCAUUACUUCUAAAAAUCCAAAUUAUAAUUACGAAACUGUUAAAACAUCACAAUCAAUAGAAUCGACCACGGCACCAGCUUCACCUAUAUACCCUUCAACAGAAACUAGCAUUAGUGGUCAAAAAUUCCCGAAUAUUAAAGAAACAGCAUCCUUAGCAGAAAUUUUGAGAAAAUUACAAGAAACGAAUCAUUUACCUCAUACAAUAACCCCUGACAACAUAGACAAUUCAAUAAAGACCUUAAUUAAAAUAUUAAAUAACUUAAAACAGUCCCAAACAAUUAUUGAAAAUCCACCCCAACAUCAUGAACAUGAUUAUAAUGAUUACGAUGACACUGGAAUCGAAAAUAUUGAUCCAAGCAAACCAGGACCAAAUUCAGGCAGACCUGGGGUAGAUUAUCCAAAUUUAGCUGAAAUUCCACCAACAAGUUUUAACUGUAAAGAACAACGUUAUAAAGGUUUCUUUGGGGAUCCAGAGACAAAUUGUCAAGUGUGGCAUUACUGUGAUUUAAAUGGUGGUCAAGCGUCCUUUUUGUGUCCGAAUGGAACAAUUUUCAGUCAGGUUGCACUAACAUGCGACUGGUGGUUUAACGUAAAAUGCUCUACAACGCCACAACUUUAUGUACUAAAUGAAAGACUUUACAAAUAUAUUCUUCCGUUCACACCGAAAUUCCCAGAGGAUUAUAGCGGACCACUUGUUGAUAAAUAUUUGGCACUAAAGUUCAAAGAAAUGGAAGAAAAAAUGAACAGAGAAAGAGAAAAUGAAAGUAAGGAAGAAGAAAAUGCAGAAUUAAAUAAACCGGAAAUAAAUGAAGAAAUUACUCAAGAUAGUACAGCAACCGAGAAACAUCCAAAAUCGGCAAGCGUCGACCCGAAUGAAGAACCUAUUAUAGAACAAAAUAAUUCAAAUUUAAAACAACAAUUUUUAGACAUAAAUAAUAAUGGGGAAGAAGUAAAAUCUGUUAAUUUAGUUGAUGUAGAAGAAAAUCGAGGUGCUGUAGAUACUGGUAUAACUUAUAAUACAUAUAGUACAUCAACAACAACAGAAUAUCCUUUGCCAUCAUCUUCGUUAACAUCACCACCACCGUUAACUGUUAAACCAAUUUAUGUACCCUCUACUACACCAGCAGUUUACUCAUCAACUUAUAGUGAUUUGCCAUCAUCAAAUGUUAUAUCAUCAACACCGAUAUCAGCUAUAACUGCUAGUAAUAGUAACAUUGAUUUAAGAAAUUUAAAACUGAAACAUCAAAAUCGUUUAAGAUUACGACAACGUUUAAAAUCAAAUAGAAAUCGUCAAAAUAUUAAUAGAAAACCAAAAGUUGAUGUAGAAAGUGAAAAAGUUGAAGUAAUAGAAAUUAAAACUGAUGGUAGCUCUGGUCAUAUUAUUCCAAAUUUACAAGAACAACAAAAUAAUCAAGAGCAAGAACAACAACAUGAACAACAGCAACAUAAAUUGCAGCCACAAAUAGAAUACUUAUAUCAUGACUAAUUCAUAAAUAAUCUCUAUUUAUGUUUCUAAAAUAAUUCUAAAUAGCAAUGUAUAUAUAAUAAUUUAUUAUGAUUUACUAUUUUAAAUUUUGAUGUAAUUUUUUUACAUCUAAUCGGUGUGUUUGACCACAUAACAUGCGUUCAUAUUUCUAAUUUGGAACUUAAAUAACUUUAACAGUAAAAAUACAGAAAAUUUCAAAUUUCAUAUUUAUAAAAAAUGAAGUGUAUGCAGUAGUAAAACUUUAAAACUGCUUCUAUUUCUUAACACUAUCAAUUUCUAGCAGUAAUUUUAAACGGAUUAGCCAUUCGUGCUGUAAUUAACUAUUAAGAGGACUACAAUCUCAACACUAAAUUGAAUUAACAAAAGCCCCUAAUUUUUUUCUCUUUUCCUGUAAAUAGAAAAUUUUUAAUCGAAAAAAUUAAGGAAGCACAUAAGUAUACAUGCACUGAUUUAAAAUACAACAAAUUCCAAAUUUCAUAAGAAAAUCACAACUAUUUCUUUAGCAUCUUGCUUCUUAAAUUAAUUAAUAUUUAAAGUUGUUCUAUCUAAAUUAACUUAUUUGAAAUUUUAUUUUCUUGUGAAUAUUAGAGCAAGAUUCUUUAAUAGACAAAUCUUUUUUAUGCAUGCCAUAUGUGUAUGUUUACAUAUUAAACGCGUUGUUUUACGAUACUCCAAGUCGCUCAAAUCACAAAAACUCUUAUGUGAUUCUAAUAUUUUAAUAUACUUGUGUAAGUUAACUAUUUCAUAUGUAAAAAUUAGUUAAAUAAAAUUAGAUUUAUUUUUGUUAUAAAU